UUUCCCCCUCCGAUCAUGCCGGUGGAUCACCGCCGCCUUUGCGGCCCGGAGGAGUCGCAUGCACCGGCGCUGUGGGCUGCGGUCUGCGGGGCGGCUGUAGCGGAGGAGGAUGGUGGGGAGGAAGGUGGGGAUGAAUCCCCGCGGGACCCCUGUGCGCUGCGGCCGCUGUUCGCCCGGGCCGCGGUGCUGAGCCAGGCCGAUGGCUCGGCCUACGUGGAGCUGAGCGGCGGCACUAAAGUUCUCUGCGCCGCGUGGGGCCCGAGGGAGGCACCCGAGCCCCCCACGGCGGCGGCGGCGGCGGCGGCACUGAGGAUGGGGCGGCUGCAGUGCGACUUCCGGCGGGCGCCGUUCGCGAGCCGCGGGGCCCGGCGGCGGCCGGGCUCGACGGCGGAGCGGGACGCGGAGCGGGACUUGGCGGUGGCGCUGCGGACUGCGCUGGAGUCCACGCUGCAGCUCGAGCGGUACCCGCGGACCCGGCUGUUGGUCAGCGUGCUGCUCCUGCAGGACGAGGGCUCCGCGCUGGCCGCCGCCAUCAGCGCCGGGGCGCUGGCGCUGGCCGACUCCGGGGUGCACAUGUACGACCUGGCCGUGGGCUGCGCCCUGUGCCGCGGACCCGAUCCCUCGGCGGCCUGGGUGCUGCAGCCGGGGGAGGCCGAGGAGCGGCGGGCCGCGGUCCGGCUCACCGUGGCCCUGCUGCCGACCCUCAACCAGGUAUCGGCCGUGCAGGGCGCCGGCAGCGGCAGCACGCCCGAGAGCUGGGCAGAGGCGCUGUGCUUCGGGCUCGACGCCUGCUACCGCCUCUACCCGGUGCUGCGGCAGAGCCUGCUGCAGGCCACCUGCCGCCGCCGCGGCCGCCGCCGUGGUCGCCGUGCCACCGCUGCCAGCAGUGCCUGAGCACCCGGGCAGCCCUGCGCUGGGGAUGGAGCUGUCGGCCAGAGCCCAUCCAAGCUGCCCUCGGGUUGCCAGAGAUUCCUGGUGCCUGUCUGAUCCACACCUCAUGCUGCCAGAGACACCCUGAACCAGCCCUUGAGCAGCCCGAGACCCCUCAGAGCUUCCCACACAAACGGGCUCAAGAAACCUGCCCAAGGACACUGGAGUUUGUUGCAGGAGAGAAAACAGAGCUGGUUCUGCAGGACACAAACAGCCCCACACUCUGCUGGGAGACCCCCAAAACCAGCCUGUCUGCUGCGCCAUGCUUCCAGACCCUGCCUGACGCCUCCCUCCAAGCAGCUGCCUGCACCACAGGACCCUGUAUUCAUUCCGGAGCUGUCCCAGGGCCAGGGCUGAGACCUUCCACCAUGACCAUCCACACAAGCACAGUGCAGGCAGCAUGGGGCAGGAGCCAUGUGGUGGCACAGACUGCACAUCCCUUGGACCUUCUGCAGCGCUUGGGAUGGCAAAGAUGGAGUUUGUUGGGUUCUUUUUAGAAUAAAAAAUCUUGUUAUAGGA